AUGUCCCGGCACCAUCACCACCACGGUGGUGAGGGGCACGGUCACUGCCACGAUGAACACGACCAUUCCAACGAUAUCACCCCCGCGAUUCAGUCGCUGCUCUACUCACAAAUCGACUUCGAUUCAAUUACCACCUUGAAUGAGGCGACCCCUAAGGGUGGCGCCGCCAUUGUCAAGAAGACCUGGGCCGAGCGACUGAAUGACCAGCCUGAGCUUGAGAGCGAUGCUGAUGAGCAGCUUCUCAUGCACAUUCCCUUCACUGGCCAGGUCAAAGUCCACUCAAUUCUCAUCUACACCGCACCUACUCCCUCCGCCCCAAAGACCCUGAAGCUUUUCAAGAACCGCGACGACCUGGACUUCUCUACUGCCUCGGAUCUCUCUCCAAUCCAGACCAUCGAAGUUCCCCAGCCUGUGGCUGGCGAGGAUGUCUUUGAAAUACCGCUGAAUCGCGCACACUGGAACACCACUACUUCCAUUACCAUUUUCGUGGAGGACAACUGGAGCGACGGCGAGGAGGAUGUCACCAAGAUAGGCUACAUCGGGUUCAAGGGUCAGUUCCUGGCGCUAAAUCGGGAACCGAUCAGCUUCUUGUAUGAGGCUGCUGCCAAUCCCAAUGAUCAUGUUGCGAUUCCUGGGAUUAGCGACACCGGAGCUCGUACAAUGCCUGGUCAAUGA